CGCUGCUGGGAUGCUGCUGCUGCUGCUGGCGGGGGGAAGGCGGGCUCUGGAGGGACUCAGGUGCUGCUGGGACAACGUCCACACGGGCCAUCAGUCCUUAUCGCUCCAGCAUUGCAACACAUCAGCAUUACUACCUUGACGCCGGGGUCGACGGGUCUGACAGACAGACAGACAGACAGAGCAGCUGUUUCUGUCUACUCUGCGGGGUGUACAAGAAAGCAUACACGGAAGCUACUGGUGGUGGCAGCUGUUUUUCUACAAGUUCUCCAUGAAGACUCGCACUUUUCUACUCUUACUCGCAGCUUUUAUCUGCGGACUCUCGCGGGGAGAUGAAAACGCAGCGGAGGAGCUCCAGGUGGAAACGCUGGUGAGGCCCGAAACUUGCUCCGUUCUCUCCGGGAUGGGAGACACGCUGCACAUCCACUACACGGGUAAACUCAUGGAGGGGAAGGUGUUUGACACAUCGCUAUCCCGGGAUCCUCUUGUUGUCGAGCUGGGGAAGAGGACAGUUAUUCCUGGUCUGGAACAAAGCUUGAUUGGCAUCUGUGAAGGGCAAAAAAUCAAAGCCACUAUUCCACCUCACCUUGCAUAUGGGAAAAAAGGUUAUCCUCCCACAAUCCCAGGUGACGCUGUUCUCGAGUUCGAGGUGGAGGUGAUUUCUCUUUCACAACAGACGCAGUGGCAAAAGAUGGUCAAUGACGUACUCCCGCUCGUGUGUCUGGCCCUGGUGCCCACUCUGCUUGGUUUGGUGGGACUUUACCUCUACAAAAAGGCCAACGCCCAGAAGCCCGACAAAAAGAAAGCAAAAGAUAAGAAGAGCAAGAAGAAAUGAAGACAAGGCACAGAACUAUUUAAAUAAAAAAUAUUUUAAAAUGA